AUGAAAUCCAACAUGCUUUGUGGCAUAUCCUGCUGGCAUCCUGCCUGGCUGCAACGAUUCGCCACGGCACGAUCGUUUAUCAUGGUGUACGGGUUUCUCGGUACCGUGCAAGCGAUGGCAUACAUCUACUUCGUCAUCACACUCACCACGCUGGAGAAACGGUUUAAAAUUCCUUCCUCAACUACUGGUAUUAUUCUGAGUGGCAACGAAAUAUCUCAGAUCCUACUUUCGCUAAUACUAUCUUAUGUCGGUGGCCACCGGAACCGGCCCCGCUGGAUCGCGUGGGGUGUGGUAUUUUGUGCCCUUUCCUGCUUCAUUCUCGCACUCCCCCACUUUAUCUACGGUGCGGGCGAUGAGGCACUGCAGCUUACCAAGGAGUAUAUCCGCGAGCGGGAGGAAGACGAAGCCCGCAUACGAUCGCAUCAAAACUACACGAUCAUGGUGAAGAGCACCAACCGUCUCUGCCUGGACACGUCCUCACCGAAGCAAUGUCUCGAGACAAUAUCGGUCGUCCCGCUGGUGCUGAUCUUCCUAUCGCAGUUCGUGCUCGGUAUCGGCAACACGCUCUACUAUUCGCUUGGCCAAACGUACUUGGACGACAAUACGAAGAAAACCAACACACCGCUAAUGCUGGCGUAUGCGUCCUCGCUGCGCACAUUCGGACCGGUCGUUGGAUUUGCACUCGGAUACUUAGCGCUUAAGAUCUAUAUUGACCCUAGCAAGACACCGAUCAUUGAUAGCUCCGAUCCUCGGUGGUUGGGCGCGUGGUGGCUGGGGUGGAUUCUGCUCGGCGUUGCUAUGAUUAUCUUCGCCCUGCUGAUCGGUAUGUUUCCGAAGGAAAUACCGAAAAAACCUAAAUCUUCGGAACCGAACCAAAAGCGACCUCAUUCAACCGUACCCGUUAUACUGAUGAACGAUGCGGAAGCAUUCGGCAAGGAGAAGGAAAGUCUUAGCAAACGGCAACAGCGAACCGUGUCGGAAAAUGCGUCCGAGUUUGCCGAAAGCAUUGUAGAGUUUCCUCAGCUGAAAGAUUUUCCUCGCGCGUUGAUGCGCCUCCUCAAGAACAAGCUGCUCAUGUUCAACAUUCUGUCCGGCAUUUUUUACAUUCUCGGUUCCAGCGGUUACAUUACGUUUCUGAGCAAGUACAUCGAGGUACAGUUUCACAAGUCCACCGCUAAUGCGACUGUAAUAACGGGCCCAAUCACGCUGUUCGGUAUGGUGGCAGGAUUUCUGAUAUCGGGUAUCAUUAUUUCGAAGAAAAAACCUUCCCCUAAAAAGCUGCUCUUCUGGAACGUGAUUGUUGGUGCAGGAUACAUGGCCGGACAGAUAUCCUACCUGUUUCUUACCUGUCCCGAUGGUACCAUGCCUUUGGUGAAGGGUCGAUUGAAUCUUACGACGGAAUGCAAUAGCCACUGUCAUUGUGAAGGAAUUCCGUACAGUCCAAUCUGUCAGGAAGAAACAGGCAUUACGUUCUUUUCCGCGUGUCAUGCGGGUUGCGAUACAUGGCAUACGGCCGAAAAGUAUUACGAUAGUUGUUCCUGCCAGAAUGAAAAUUAUUCCCCCAUCACAAAGCUUCCCUGGGAAGGAUCCAGCACGCAAACGACAAAUCCUUACAGCACCAGUCCAAUGGUUGGUCAAGAGACCAGCACGCAAAGUUGGUCUACUUCCAGCACUAUUAGUACGAGUUCGUCUACGAUCCAACGGUCGGAAACAACGACACCGAUCAUCGGAAUGGACCAAAUCCAAUUAUUACCUGGACAGCAUGAACCAGUGGUCAACUAUACUCUCUCACACGACGACAUAAAGGACGAUCCCAAAUCACGUACAGACAAUUCCGACGAACGGUUCGAAGCUACGAAGACUGACGAAGUGGAGCAUGACGAUAGUACAUCCCCUCCAGUGUCAGAAACUGUUCCCGAAGAUGAUACAGAACCACCAACCGAAUCAUCCCGUAAAAGGAAACGAGCAGUGGAACAAACGGACGACGGACAAUCUUCGACAACCAGUAGCAGCACCCCACCAGACAGUAUAUUGUACACGGCAAAACUUAUCCCUGGUGCUUGCGUGAAAGGAUGUGCGCUCGGUUUCUAUCUCUUCUCGAUCAUUUCCAGUAUUAUCAACUGUUUGGGUGCAUCGGGACGCAUAGGCAAUCUGCUCGUCAACUAUCGAUGCGUCUCGAAACAGGACAAAUCCUUCACCCAAGGGCUGAUUCUAAUGAUGAUCAGUCUGUUCGCUCUGAUUCCCGGUCCAAUCAUCUACGGCAGGAUCAUCGACAGCACGUGUCUGGUGUGGACGGAGGAGUGUGGUAAGCGCGGUAACUGCCAGCUCUACGAUCAGAAACUGUUUCGAUAUUAUAUCAACAUAACGGCACUGUGCCUCACAUCAGUGGGAGUAUUCUUCGAUGGAUUGGUAUGGUGGUACGGCAAAACGCUCGACCUGUACGGUGAACGAGAAAUGGCGGAAAGGCAGCAACGACAACAGCAGCAGACUCAAAAUCACAAAGUGCACCCGGAACCGAUCAGUAAUCAUGCGUUCAAACAUGAUACGUGAUACCCGUGACGCCGUACCGGUGCACGGGGGUGGUGUAAGCUGUGUGUAAAUGUAUUACUGUUAGCGUACGUUCAAUGUACUGUAUUGGUCAAUAAGUGAUAAGGGAUAGUUUACAAUAAAUGGCAUACUUUUCAAUCAUGAUA